AAUGGCUAGGGGACGAGCUGAGAGGCGAAAGUGGUCCUUCACUCCGGCCCAACGUCAUGGUGCUGGCCCCGCCCCUUUGCCCCCAGUCGUCUGGAGCCAGGCGGGUAAAGCAGCCGCCAAGUGGACCGAGAGGACGCCGAACCGGGUCUGCCACAAUGCUGCUGCACAGGGCUGUGAUCCCAUGUCUCCGACAGGCCUGCAGGCUCCAAUCAGUCCCCUCAAGGCUCUGCAUUCGGGCCUGCUCUACAAAUGAUUCACUUCAGCCCCAGUGCCCCAGCCUUGCCUUCUCUGGUGCUAACUCCAGCACUAGGGGAUGGAGAGUCAUGGGAACUCUGCUAGGCCUCGGUGCAGUAUUGGCCUAUCAUGACCACCGGUGCAGGGCUGCUGAGAAGUCAUCACGCAUAUAUACCAGAGAGGAAGUAAAAUCUCACAGCAGCCUUGAGACUAGGAUCUGGGUAACUCUGGGCUGUGAGGUGUUUGAUGUUACAGAAUUUGUGGAUCUACACCCAGGGGGACCAUCAAAGCUGAUGUUAGCAGCAGGUGGUCCUUUAGAGCCUUUCUGGGCCCUCUAUGCUGUUCAUGACCAGGCCCAUGUGCGUGAAAUACUGGCUCAGUACAAAGUUGGGGAGCUGAGUUCUGAAGACAAAGCACCCUCCACCUUGAAGACCUCUGACCCUUACGCUGAUGAUCCUGUACGUCACCCAGCCCUGAAGGUCAAUAGCCAACGCCCCUUUAAUGCAGAGCCCCCCCCUGAACUGCUGACAGAAAACUAUAUUACACCUAACCCUAUCUUCUUCACCCGGAACCAUCUGCCUGUACCUAACCUGGAACCAGAAACCUAUCGCCUGCAUGUAGUAGGGCCACCUGGGUGUCAGUCACUGUCCCUAUCCCUGGAUGACUUGUACCAGUUCCCCAAGCACGAGGUCACGGUCACUCUUCAGUGCGCUGGAAACCGACGCUCUGAGAUGACUCAGUUCAAAGAAGUAAAAGGUCUGGAGUGGAAUGCAGGGGCCAUUAGCACUGCACGCUGGGCUGGGGCACGCCUCUGUGAUGUGUUAGCCAAGGCUGGUCACCAACUCCGUGAAACUGAGGCCCACGUCUGCUUUGAGGGACUGGACUCAGACCCCACAGGGACUGCGUACGGAGCAUCCAUCCCUCUGGCUCGGGCCAUGGACCCUGAAGCUGAGGUCCUGCUGGCAUAUGAGAUGAAUGGGCAGCCCCUGCCUCGUGACCAUGGCUUCCCUGUGCGGGUGGUGGUUCCUGGUGUGGUGGGUGCCCGCCAUGUCAAAUGGCUGGGCAAAGUGAGCGUGGAACCAGAGGAAAGUUACAGUCACUGGCAGCGGCGGGAUUACAAAGGCUUCUCUCCAUCUGUGGACUGGGACACAGUAGAUUUUGACUCAGCUCCAUCUAUUCAGGAACUUCCUGUCCAGUCAGCCAUCACAGAGCCCAAGGAUGGGGAGACCGUACAAUCAGGGGAGGUGACUAUCAAGGGCUAUGCAUGGAGUGGUGGUGGGAGGGCUGUAGUCAGGGUGGAUGUGUCUCUGGAUGGGGGCCUAACCUGGCAAGUGGCUGAGCUGAAUGGAGAGGAACAACGUCCCCGGAAGGCCUGGGCCUGGAGGUUAUGGCAGCUGCAAGCACCUGUGCCAGCUGGGAAAAAGGAAUUGAACAUUGUUUGUAAGGCUGUGGAUGAUAGCUACAAUGUGCAACCAGACUCCGUGGCCCCAAUCUGGAACCUGCGAGGUGUGCUCAGCAAUGCCUGGCACCGUGUCCAUGUCCGUGUCACCCCAUGAAAAGGUGAAGUGGAAUUACCUACUCCCAGAAUCAUUUUCUCAACCCCUUCCAUAACCAUCCUUUUCCCUCAUUACCACAGAAAAACCUUUCAUCAUCACUUUUUGGAUCACAACCUUGUACUAUGCCUUCCUAAACCACACAUAGAUAUAUGCAUUGCACAUUUCCAAGCAGGCAUCAGCUCUCCUUCAACACUAUGUUAAAUAACUCCUAUUGUGCCCCUUGUUGAGAGCUGUUGGGGCUAGAAGGGGGGUAAAUUCUGUAAACAAGCACUCUUCCUACCCAACCUCCACUGCUAAUGUAUACCACCACUUUAUUCUACUCCUCUUCUUGGGAGUUUUCAGAGAAUGUGGAUACAUCUAAGAAAAGUGUAUAUGCAACUUUCUACUUUCUACUUUCCACUUUCUGGGUUGCCAGGGAGGCAAUUCUGGUGAAAUCCUACCCCUUUAUAGUUCCACUUUUCUAAAUACAUCAAUAAAGUUUUAAGUCUACAACUGAAGAAA